ACCACAGGUUUCUGUCAAAGUGAUACGGAUAACUGCAAUAAUUUGAUGCCCUAUUUAAUUAUGAUGACAGUCGCCGGUAUAGUGUCGUCCACUGCCAGGACUGGCAAUUCAUUGCUUACACUUAGAGCUCUGGAUCCGAAAGACAAAAGUUUUGCCAUGGGUGUGAUGGGUACUUUUAUGGCUAUAUUUGCGUUCAUUCCGUAUCCGUUGAUAUUCGGAGCGGUAGUCGACUCGACGUGUUUGGUAUGGGAGAGCAAGUGUGGGAAGACAGGUAACUGUUGGAUAUAUGACCAGGAUAAGUUCAGGUACUACCUACACGGCACGGCACUGGCAUUCAUGUGCGUUGGCUCACUAAUGGAUCUUGGUAUUAUUUGGAAUGCCAAGAAACGUCUCACAAAUUUUUAUGACGACCCCAUCGAUAGUAAAGUGGAAAAGGAGACCACAAAUGGUGACAAUAAUAAUGUGAUUGCAAUGACUGGAGUGACACUCAAAGCAAAUGAUGUCGAAACCGAUGGUGUUAUAUAA